AUGUCUAACAAAUAUGCAGAUGCAAUUCGAAAAGUAAUUACUGCUUAUGGAAAACAAAAAAAUUUCAGCAGUUUUCUGGGAAGGGUAAGAUCUUGGAUGUCUAAUUAUAUUUAUACCGGAUAUAGAAACAAAACCUUCCUUUAAUUGCAGUGCAAUCUGGUAUCCGCUGAGAAAAACCGUGUAAAGGUUGAAUUCACAGUGACCGAGGAUCUGACCAACGGAUGGCAAACUCUUCACGGCGGAUGUACUGCAACCAUGGUGGAUAUGGUCACAACUGCUGCGUUAUAUGCGACGGAUGACAAAGAUGUCCAUCCCGGUGUUAGCGUGGAUAUGGCAUUAUCGUAAGUGGAAUAGAAAAAAAUUAUGUUUGCCCAGGUAUUAUGGCCCUGCUAAUUUGGGGGAUACUGUAAUCUUGGAUGCUACAGUAAUCCGAAAAGGAAGAACACUGGCAUACACAAAAGCCGAUCUCUAUUUGAAGGGAUCUCAGAAACCCAUUGCUUUUGGCACUCACACGAAGGCUUUUCCACCUGUAAAACAGUAA